AAGAUACGAAUAUAAUAACUAUAUUAAUUCAGCUACUUUUAUUUUCGUCACUCUUUACAGAACGAAAUUUUGCGAGAAGUUAUCUACGAAUAAUACUACGAGUCUUUUUUUGACGUUUCGAUCGAGAAAGCAUUAAUCCAGCGCGGUUAAGUUCUGACAAGUAGACAAUCUUUAAACGCUUUAAAAAUCAUCGAGUCGUAAAAAAUCUCAUAGAUGAUCCGUGCGACGCGUUAUUAUUUUUCUCCUCGCCGCGCGAGAGAAGUCAUCCAUGAACGCGUCAGGUGAAACGAGGUUGCUCCAUCGUGACGCUCGUCCCCAAAAUAAUAGGAUACGUAAGCUAUUGUUAUCGGAAUACUGCGAGUUCUCCGAGCCGAUCUUGGUAGAAUCGCCGUUCGCGGAAACCACGAGAAAUGGACGUGGAAUACGUCAGGUCACCCUGGGCCUCACACCGACCAGACUGAUCGUCGCCGCCGAUAUUUUUCAGUCUAAUCCUAGUUUCAUUUGCCCAUCCGAUAUCGACGUCAGUGUCGAGAGUUUUGAACUCGUCUCCGUAUAUCCUUUAGAAUAUGUUACGCUCAGUGUGUUCAGGAGAAGACGUCGUAGAACAUUAAAGGCAAGAUUCAUUGAUGGUCGAGCUAAUUAUUAUGAGCUCGGUGGCGUGCGGCGCAGAAUUUUUUGGAGAAUCUGGUGCGAACAGGUACGGAGAUUAUUGGCGUAUAAAAUGGAUGGUAGUUCAUUAUCCGAAACAACGGCGGCGAGCUCGUCAAGCAGUAGUACACUGUAUUUGGUGUCAUCCGAAAUUGAAGUCAAGAAUAAUCACAACGCAAAGAAACCAGUAUUCAGGUGUCAAUUGAUAAAAAUAUGCAGAAUAUGGACUCGUUAUGGAGGCGCCGGUGAUUUCGUUACUCCUACAUGGACAGAAAAGGAUUUAUAUCUCGGAUCUUCUUUUAACGAGCUGAUAAACGGUCACUAUAUGCCUAUUCCGGUAAGAUUCGCUGGAGCCAGUUUGCAGGAUAUUAUGCACGAGCUAGGCAAUCGUACACCUCACUACGUCACCUGCAAAAAAUCCUGUCAAAGUUGGCCAUGUCAGAUGAAGUUUGACAGUCAGGCAAAAUCGCAACGUUCCGGAGGACUAUGCAAUGUCAUUUUCGCAAGAAAUCGCAGCGCUUGUCACGAUCACACCGCAAGUUGCAAAAGUACAUCUUGCAACAUUUGUCAAUUAGACGACAGUGUCGACGUUCUCGGAAAGCACAGCUGUCACGGAGAAAAAAUUCUCAAAUUAGAGUGUCAAAAUAUAUUCUCCGAGGAAGAGUUCGUAGAACAUGUUGAAAAAAAAUACGAAAAACAUCAACAACAGCAUCAGAAAGGAUCGUCUUUGACUUCGAAAGUAUCGCGUUUCGGCUACGGUAUACCGGAGAAAUGCAAUUCCGAAUUGAUCCUGGGUCCUUAUCGCGGUGAUUCCGGUUACGUCGACGUCUCUGAGCUUCCGCAUCGCUUCGCCGAUCCUCGCAAUUUAAUCGAAAGCGGCGUGACGAUCUGGGAGGAUCACAGAUCCUUCAAGAGUCAGAAGCACCCGCGAAGAUACGCCUUUUCUUCAGCAGCGCAUUUCUUUCACGCGCUGGGGCCGUGGUCGGUCCAGCCUGGCGAACGCGAAUCCGUGCAAACUCUCAGAUCGCCGAGCGCCGUCAACAUCCGCAAACAACCAUCGGAACCAGAACUGAGACUUCCGGUCUCGCGUCGUCAAUUGACAGCUAGCGUUUCUUGCACUGCUUUAAUGUCCGGCGGUUCCAAUACCGUUACUAGAGGACGAGUGAUACUCUUCUGGACACCGGAAUAUUGGUACAGACCUCAGGCAGCUGCGGCUGCUUAUAGAGAGCUAAGACAUCAUUUGGCAUCUCUUCGGGAUUUUCGACGCGGAAAAGAAAAGCAAGCGAAAAGAAAGCUCUUCUGCAGACGAAAAAAUCAGAUAUCAGGCGACAGCGGUAAUUCCGAAACCACAAUUACGGGAAAAUCCAGCAGUCUAUUAGGACGCGUGCUUUUCAUCAAUGGUGCGCGCAAACAGAACAAAAAGUUGAUUGAAACCGCAGACAUCGAUAAAGGGACGGCGCAAUUGCGAAGAUUGUUAAAGAUGAAUCUUCGAAUCACCGUGUGGGACUUGGACAGCACAACUCUAGCCACGCAACUGACGAUGAUCGAUCGCGAUCUCUUCGUUCGCAUUCCGGCAACCGAGAUCGAGGUGCUGAUCCAUCAGAGAUCCUCGCGCAACGCGCCGAAUGUAGGUGCGUGGAUCGCUUUCAGUCACCGGAUCGCAUGUUUGACCGUCAGCGAGAUUCUCGCGAUCAAGCAGCUCGACAUGAGAACCAGAAUCAUGGCGAGAUUCAUCAAUGCAGCCGAAAAGUGUUUCGCGCUCGGCAAUUUUCAGUCCUGCCGAUCUAUCCUGGCCGGUCUGCAGGCUCCGCCAAUUUACAGACUUCGGAGAAGUUGGUCUUAUUUGAGAACUCAUCACGCCAAUAGAUACGAGUCGAUGGAGAAACUCUCCAAGAUUUAUAGAAGUCUGCGCUGUUCAAAGUAUCAAAGAACUUGGACCGCAGCGGAACGUAGUCCGCCUUGCAUGCCAUAUGUAGAUCACUUUUUGAUUAAAGUUCUGGGAUUAAAUGACUUGAGGGAAAUUAAAGCGAGUUUUGCACAAGAGUCUUCUAUAAGAAAACAAUCAAUCGCGCAAACCAGAACUUUAGAAUCUAAUUUCGAUAGUAUUCGCUCAGAAAAUGAACAGAACAUAAUACAAAGCGAGCAAGAUGGAUUUUCGCGUUUAGCCAGACGCAUUUUCACGGCAACUUUGGCCAGAAUAAAGUUCACAACACGCCAAAACAUUGCUGACGAGACGAAAAACGAUAUCUGGACAUAUAGACAACGAUAUCUAGCGCGUAAAUUUUAUUAUCGCUGGCGCACAAUCACAUUGGAAUUAAAGAUACUCUCGGAGGUCGAGAAAAAAUCUAAGAACGUGGACUUGAAGAGAAAGCACGUUCUUAACAUGGCAAUCUGGUUAACAGACUGUCAGAGAUUCGCGCAGAACUACAAUUUUCCGUUGAACUCAUUUGCAUAUGAAUUUCUUUUGAAAGCGCGGUACAGAGAAGAUCGCGAAAACUUUUUCAUCAGUCUUAAGUUGGAACCAUCAAAAACAACUUGAAAGGCAUCUAUUAAAAGACUUGAUUGAGACUUCAUUAAUGGCGAUUGAUAUGUAACUUUGUCAUGUAUCAGGUACGAUUAUUUUAUUAUUUCGAGCGUGCCAAGGUAAAAAAAAUACACUAGCCAACAGCGUCGAUUAUCUAGUUACAAUUAUUUUUUAAAUACAAUGAUUUUUGGAUCAUUCAGUAUUAUUUGCAUACAAUUUAUUCAGAAGCAUUUUUACCUCAAGAAAUAUCGAAUCUCUAUACGCUCUUUGUACGAUUAUUAUUGCUAUAUACACUUUAAUAAAAAUAUGUCUUUGGAUAUUGAACCUUAUUGGCAUAUGUAAAUUGAUUAUUUUUUAUUCGUUUUUGUCAUUAUAUUUUAUUAUAACUUGUCGUCAUUGGAGAAAAGGUGAGAAAAGAUUAAGAUCUUUAUCACCAUUUUAUUCCGAACAUAGUGUAUACAAUUGUUAUUACUUUACAUAUGUUAUACGUAUAUGUAUAUAUAUAUAUAUAUAUAUAUAUAUAUAUAUAUAUAUAUCUAUUAAAUUCCUCAGUCAUAUAUUUAAAAUAGAGUGUACCAUGAUGGGCGGAAGAGUGACUCUUUGAACUAAAAAGGAGGUAUUGGAUUCUGACUAGAUAACAAUGCAGUUUUUCAUGUGUAUAUACAAUAAUGAUAUACGUAUAGACAUUAUCGAUUAAAAAAAGAGAAAGAGUAACAUAAUAUAUACACAUAGAACAAGGGAAACAGUCUUCUUCUGACACGAAAUCGAACGUAAUCCUUCUUCGAUUGUGUCGCGAUCGCAAAAGCUUUCUUCAAUUUUGGAAAUGUGUAUAAAUUUUUCUCCUUUAAAUGUAGUAUAGAGAUAAUAAUUUGCAAUUCCAAACAGAGCUGCACUCCUGGAUAAUUAUCUUGAAAAAAAUCUCUUUACAUAUAUAUAGUAUAUAUAUAU